AUGAGAAGCAUCUCCUGUUCCGAGCAAUUCAGUAGGGAUGUUGAGAGGAAACCAAAUGACCAAGAAGAGGCUCAUCUUUCUGGUGCAUACAUUCGCAGUCUUGUCAAAAGACUCAGCUAUUCGAGGUCUAGAGGUCCAGCAAAAAUGGAGCUUGAAGAUGGCAAAGACAUAAAUCUCCUCAAUAAGUCACAGGCAGGAUCACCGAAGUCACUAGCACCCAAGAAACAAGUGAGAAGAAGACUCCACACGACUAGGCCUUACCAGGAAAGAUUGUUCAAUAUGGCAGAAGCGAGAAGAGAGAUUGUAGCUGCCCUCAAAUUGCAUAGAGCUUCCAUGAAGCAAGCCAAUGAACUCCAAAGCAUGGCGACGGCAUCGACUUUGCAAGGAACAUCCCGUGAGCUGGUGGUGGAUUCUAUAAGAAACUCCAUAGACCAUCAUUACGACCACAACUUAACUAACUACUUUCAUCCUUCUCAAUUCUCACCCAUCGACUUGUCUUCCCCCUUCUCUUGGACUUAUCCAUCCAUUGCACCUACUGAAUCAAUCUUUGAUCAACUCAACUUCCAAUUGCCCGAUCAGCCAUUAGGCCUCAAUCUCAAUCUCCAAAGUUUCCAAAAUAUUGAUACAUCCAUUUAUCACAACAUUCAUGAGCAAAAUCCUGUUGAGCCAUCAUCAUCAUCGACAUCAUCAUCAUCACAAGCUUUGUUGUCAUCUUAUUCAAACUCUACUUCUAAUGCAAUGUCAGGCAUCCAAGGGCCAGCCAGUUCUCAGCAACCGUCACAAGUUGCAUUCGAUCCUUCAUCGGUCUCACUGCACCAGGCAAUGGAUGAUGAGGAGAUGGCUGAAAUUCAAUCUAUUGGAGAACAACAUGAUAUAGAAUGGAAUGAUAAAAUGAACUUGGCAACAUCAGCAUGGUGGAGUAAGUUCUUGAAGAACAUGGAAAGUGGUGUAGGUGAGGGUCAUGGUGGAGCCAAUGGAGAUUGGAUCUAUGCCUUUGAUGAGGCCUUAGACAUGCCAUAUUGGUUAAAUGGCAGUGUUGGAGAGAAUGCAAAGGAGAAUUCCUUAUUUCAACAACACUUGGAUGAUUAUUUCCAUGUUGAUGAUUACCUGCAAGAUGCUACUCUGGAAAGCUUGGAUACUGGAGAAGUUGAAUAUGGAGGAGAAUGA